AUGGUGAACCCCACCGUGUUCUUCGACAUCGCCGUCGAUGGCGAGCCCUUGGGCCGCGUCUCCUUCGAGCUGUUUGCAGACAAAGUUCCAAAGACAGCAGAAAACUUCCGUGCUCUGAGCCCUGGGGAGAGAGGAUUUUGUUAUAGAGGUUCCUGCUUUCACAGAAUUAUUCCGGGAUUUAUGUGUCAGGGUGGUGACUUCACAAGCCAUAAUGGCACAGGCGGCAAGUCCAUCUAUGGGGAGAAAUUUGAGGAUGAGAACUUCAUCCUGAAACACACAGGUCCUGGCAUCCUGUCCAUGGCAAAUGCUGGGCCCAACACAAACGGCUCCCAGUUUCUCAUCUGCACCGCCAAGGCUGAGUGGUGGGAUGGCAGGCACGUGGUCUUCGGCCAGGUGACAGGAGGCAUGGAUAUGGUGACAGCCAUGGAGCGCUUUGGGUCCAGGAAUGGCAAGACCAGCAAGAAGAUCACCAUUGCUGACUGUGGACAACUCUAAUAAAUUUGACUUGUGUUUUAUCUUUACCACCAGACCAUGCCUUCUGUAGCUCAGGAGAGCACCGCUUCACCCCUAUUUGCUUGGAAUGUUCUAUAAUCUUUGUGCUCUUGCCAGUUUAUUGGGUUCCAUGAUUUCCUUACCCCUUCCCAGUCUAGCUGGAUUGCAGAGUUAAGUUUAUGAUUAUGAAAUAAAAACUAAACAGUUGUCUGUCAAA